AUGAAAUGGACUAUGAGGUACAUAGCAGGCACAACUAAAGUGGGAUUAGUGUACAUAAGACUUAACACUAAACUACUGAUUGAAGGGCACAAUGAUGGUGACUAUGCUGAUGAUAGAGACAACAGAAGAUCAACAACAACCUACUAUUUUAUAAUAGGAGGUUGCUGUAUAAGUUGUAAGGUACAACUCCAACCAGUUGUUGCAUUGUCAACAACUGAAUCAGAGUACAUUAUAGUUACUGAAGCAAUAAAGGAAGCACUAUGGCUUCAAGGUCUCCUAGAAGAAGUUACUAAGGUCAAACAAGUUCCUAUUGUGUAUUCAGACAGUCAAAGCUUUGUGCAUGAGUUUGUUAGGUGUAGACACUGGAGGAUAGACCUAAAGGAGACAAGAGCUAGGACCCUCAAAGAAGUGCAAGCUGAUACAAAUCAACUUAUAUGA